AUGUCCGACGAGCACACCUUGCCCGACAACGGCACCAUGUCUGACAGUGACACUCUCUCUGACGGGACCAUCCCCGACAACAACAUCAUGUCCGACGACUCGAUGUCCUUGCUGAACGAUGAAACCGCCGAGCCGCCCGACAGCUGGCGGUUGGGCAUCAUCUGGUCUCCGGAUGACGCGGACUGGGACGCAGCGCGCCUGCAAGCCAACGAGUGGUGGCAGCUGCGGCGUCAGGCUCGACCCCAUUUGCGCCGGAUGUACAUGGGCGAGGUGGUAGUCCGCGGGGGCCACGCGCGCUUCCUCUUCGGAGACACCGAGGGCGACCAGGCGGCCCGCUACAUCGAGUGCAACGGCCAGCUCGACUUCGACUUUGCGCUCCCCCAGGAUCUGGCAAAGUACCAGAGGGCGGUGACCAUGAUGAUAACCAUCCUCCGGGGGGUGGACGACUCGUGGACGCUCCUCCGGGAGAAGUUACUGGCGCUCCCAUUCCGGACGUCUUCGUUGCCUGAGCCUUUUUUUCUUUAG